ACGGCGUCCCUGCUCGCACGCAGGAUCCACGGCGGCGCUCCGAGCAGAGGCGCGUGUGGAAGUUUGGGGGUUCCCUGGUUUCCGAACCCCGUCUUGUGCGUGUCCGCGUCAGCGCGGGGUGACGGCCGGAGCCCCUGCCCCCUCCGGACGCCGCGGCCCCCGACUGCAGAAGGCUGGUGACACCAUGCGCUCCGCCCCGAGGCGGAAGGACUUAGAGCGAGCGGGUCCCGCGGGUGACCUCCCGCACCCCACGUCCUCUUGAAGCAGACCCCGACUUCUGCCCAAACACUCCCGAUGCGAUGCCUCAUUUCCCUCUGGCCCCUCUCCGGCCACCGCUUUGGGCACUGAGGGCCCCCCGGGGACUCUCCAAGCCCCAGCCACUCUGUACACAGCCAGAGCCCCAAGGCUCGUCCCUCACUCGGAGGAACCGUGAAGCCAAGCAGAAGCGCCUGCGGGAGAAGCAGGCGGCCCUGGAGGCCGGGCUAGCAGAGAAGAGCAAGUCACCUGCAGCGCCCACUAAGACCUGGAGUCACAAGGAGGUAGUAUUGUAUGAAAUCCCCACCGAGCCAGGUGAAAAGAAAGAUGUUUCUGGGCCCCUGCCUCCUGCUUACAGCCCCCGAUACGUUGAGGCUGCCUGGUACCAGUGGUGGGUGCGUGAGGGCUUCUUCAAGCCCGAGUAUCAGGCACGGCUGCCCCACGCCACGGGGGAGACCUUCUCCAUGUGCAUCCCACCUCCCAACGUCACUGGCUCCCUGCACAUCGGCCACGCGCUCACGGUGGCGAUACAGGACGCGCUUGUGCGCUGGCACCGGAUGCGUGGGGAUCGCGUGCUGUGGAUCCCUGGCUCAGACCACGCCGGAAUUGCCACACAGGCCGUGGUGGAGAAGCAACUGUGGAAGGAGCGUGGAGUGAGGAGACACCAGCUGAGCCGGGAAGACUUCCUGAAGGCCGUGUGGCAGUGGAAACAUGAGAAAGGAGGGGAGAUCUAUGAGCAGCUGUGCGCUCUGGGCGCCUCCCUGGACUGGGAUCGAGAGUGCUUCACCAUGGACGCCGGCUCCUCAGCAGCCGUGACGGAAGCUUUUGUGCGACUCUACAACUCGGGGUUGCUGUACCGGAGCCGUCAGCUUGUCAACUGGUCGUGUACGUUGAGAUCAGCCAUCUCGGACAUUGAGGUGGAGAGCCGGCCCCUGCCUGGCCGCACAGUGCUCCGGCUGCCCGGCUGCCCGACCCCCGUGUCUUUUGGGCUCCUUGUUUCUGUCGCCUUCCCUGUGGAUGGCGAGCCCGGUGCGGAGAUUGUGGUGGGAACCACCAGGCCUGAGACGCUGCCUGGAGAUGUGGCUGUGGCCGUCCAUCCAGACGACCCGCGGUACACCCGUUUACACGGACGGCAGCUUCGUCACCCUUUGACGGGACAGCUUCUCCCCCUCAUCACGGACACCGCCGUUGAGCCGCAUGUGGGCACAGGGGCAGUGAAGGUGACUCCGGCUCACAGUCCAGCAGAUGCCGAGAUGGGGGCCCGGCAUGGCUUGACCCCGCUGAGUGUCAUUGCGGAGGAUGGGACCAUGACGCCCCUCUGCGGAGACUGGCUGCAGGGCCUUCACCGAUUUGUGGCCCGGGAGAAGAUCCUAUGCGCACUGAGGGAGCAGGGCCUGUUCCGGGGCCUGCGGGAGCACCCCAUGGUACUGCCCAUCUGCAGCCGCUCCGGGGACGUGGUAGAGUACCUGCUGAAAAGCCAGUGGUUUGUUCGCUGCCAGGAAAUGGGGGACCGAGCUGCCAAGGCUGUGGAGUCAGGGGCGCUGGGGCUCUGGCCUUCCUUCCACCAGAAGACCUGGCAGCACUGGUUUGCCCACAUUGGGGACUGGUGUGUCUCCCGGCAGCUGUGGUGGGGCCACCAGAUUCCGGCCUACCUGGUGGUUGGAGAGAAGGCGGAGGGUGACCGGAAGGAAUGCUGGGCGGUUGGGCGAUCGGAGGCUGAGGCCCGAGCAGUAGCUGCAAAGCUGACCGGGAGACCAGUGGCAGAGCUGACCCUGGAGAGGGACCCUGAUGUCCUGGACACUUGGUUCUCUUCGGCUCUUUUCCCUUUUUCUGCCCUGGGUUGGCCCCAAGAGACACCAGACCUCGCUCGUUUCUACCCCCUUUCACUUCUGGAAACUGGUAGUGACCUCCUGAUGUUCUGGGUGGGCCGCAUGGUCAUGCUGGGGACCCAGCUCACAGGGCAGCUCCCCUUCAGCAAGGUGCUUCUGCAUCCCAUGGUUCGGGACAGGCAAGGCCGGAAGAUGAGCAAGUCUCUGGGGAACGUGCUGGACCCGCGGGAUAUCAUCAGUGGGCAGGAGCUGCCGGUGCUCCAGGCCAAGCUGAGAGAUGGCAACUUGGACCUGGGCGAGCUAACCAUUGCAGCCGCAGCACAGGAAAAGGACUUCCCUCACGGGAUCCCCGAGUGCGGGACAGACGCCCUGAGAUUUGCGCUGUGCUCCCACGGAGUCCUGGGGGGCGACCUGCACCUGUCCGUCUCUGAGGUCCUGACCUACCGCCAUUUCUGCAACAAGCUCUGGAAUGCCCUGCGCUUUGUCCUCCGUGCCCUGGGGGAGAACUUCGUACCCCAGCCAGCAGACAAGGUGUCUCCCUCCUCCCCCAUGGAUGCCUGGAUUCUGAGCCGCUUGGCCUUCGCAGCCCAUGAAUGUGAGAGGGGCUUCCUCAGCCACGAGCUCUCGCUCGUCACCCACACCCUGUAUCAUUUCUGGCUCCACAACCUCUGCGAUGUCUACCUGGAAGCGGUGAAGCCAGUGUUGGCGAAGGAACCCUGCCCCCCAGGGCCCCCUCAGGUCCUGUUCUCCUGCGCCGAUGUUGGCCUGCGCCUCCUCGCCCCCCUGAUGCCCUUCCUGGCAGAAGAACUUUGGCAAAGGCUGCCUCCCAGGCAAGGUGGCCCCCUCGCCCCCAGCAUCUGUGUGGCUCCCUACCCCAGUGCCCACAGCCUGGAGUCCUGGCGCCAGCCCGAGCUGGAACUCCGCUUCUCCAGAGUGCAAGAGGUUGUACAGGCACUGCGGGCCCUCCGAGCCACCUACCAGAUCACGAAAGCCCGACCCCGAGUGCUGCUCCAGAGCUCAGACCCAGAAGACCAGGACCUACUCCAGCCCUUCCUGGAGCCCCUGGGCACCCUGAGCCACUGUGGGGCUGUAGGGUUCCUGCCCCCAGGGACAGCGGCUCCUUCAGGCUGGGCCCUCACCCCACUGGAUGAUGACACCAUUAAGGUCUACAUGGAGCUGCAGGGCCUGGUGGACCCCCAGAGCCAGCUACCUCGGCUAGCUGCCCGAAGGCAGAAGUUACAAAAACAGCUUGAUGGCCUUUUGAGCCGGACUGCAUCGGAGGGGGCUGCAGAGAGGCAGCAGAGGCUUUCUGCCCUCCGCCUGGAACUGUCAAAGCUGGACCGGGCAGCCUCCCACCUCCAGCAGCUGACAGAAGAGGCUCCCAGCGUCAGGGAGCUCAGCCCCACUCACACCGGUGCCAGCGCUGCUUCUCAGACUGGUGUCUGAGGACAGAUCUGCCUGCCCUUGGCACAGUGUGACCUCAGAGGCGACAGUCCACCUUCAUUUUGUAAAAGGAAGUGUCCCUGUGACGCAAGAAUGAGGAGAUAAAAUGAUAAAAUCCCA